UACAUCUAAAGGCUCCACGGAGACGAGAGGAAAUAAUCAGGGGCUAUCAAUGCAAUUCCCCUGCUUCUUCUUUUCACAGAACUAGAGUUUCUCUUCCAUCUCUUCUCCCAAAACCCUAACCCUAAUAUCUCUAUACCAAACCUUCAUUUCUCUCGUAAAAUCAUACCUCCAAUGGUGCGAUCCAACGGUGCCAGGCUCGCCUACUGGUUCGCGCGCAGGUCUCUCUCAUCCAAGCUUCUCGAAGAUUCUCCAAUCAUCGAUUCAACGCGGCGGGGAUUCGUUUCCGGAAUCUGCAAUUCGCGCCGGGUCUUGGGAAGUGGGGAUUCGGAGACAGUGAAACAGAGGAAUGGGAUAUGGAGCGGAGGAUUGGAUUGCAAUUUGGGUGCAAAGAGAUCGAUUCAUGCCACAGGAUGGAGGUCGAUGGCAACAAGAGAUUAUUAUGAUGUUCUCGGAGUGAGCAAGAAUGCAAGUCCAUCAGAUAUCAAGAAAGCUUAUUAUGCGCUUGCAAAGAAGCUUCAUCCAGAUACAAAUAAAGAUGAUGCUGAUGCCGAAAGAAAGUUUCAAGAGGUGCAGCGUGCCUAUGAGGUUCUAAAAGAUGAGGAGAAGCGAUCACUAUAUGACCAGGUUGGUCCUGAGGCAUUUGAACAAGCUGCUACAGGAGGUGGUCCUGGUGGUCCAUUUGGAGGUGCUGGAUUUGGCAACCCAUUUGAAGACAUUUUUGGUGGUGGUGGAAUGAAUGAUUUCUUCAAAGGCAUUUUCAAUCAAAGAGGGAUUGGAGGCCAAGAUGUCAAGGUCACUCUUGAACUAUCAUUCAUGGAAGCUGUCCAAGGGUGCACAAAAACUGUGACGUUCCAAACUGCAUUACCCUGUGAUGCUUGUGAUGGAACUGGCGUUCCUCCUGGAACCAGACCUGAGACAUGCCGACCUUGUAGAGGCUCAGGAAUGAUCUUCAUGCAAAAGGGUCCAUUUAGGUUGCAGUCCACCUGUUCACAGUGUGGUGGUACUGGGAAAACUGUAACGAACUUCUGCAAGGCAUGCAAGGGAGACCGAGUUGUGAGAGGAACAAAAUCAGUCAAGUUAGAUGUGGUGCCUGGGGUGGAUGAUAAUGAAACAAUAAAGGUAUAUAGAAGUGGCGGAGCCGAUCCUGAUGGCGAUCAACCUGGUGAUCUUUUUGUUACAAUCAAGGUCCGGGAAGACCCAGUUUUCCGAAGAGAAGGUCCAGACAUCCAUGUAGAUGCUGUUAUAAGCAUCACUCAGGCAAUCUUGGGAGGAACCAUUCAAGUGCCAACUCUUACCGGAGAUGUCGUUCUUAAGGUUCAGCAAGGUACUCAGCCUGGUCAAAAGGUCGUUUUGAAGGGAAAAGGGAUAAAAACCAGAAAUUCCACCUUCUACGGUAAUCAGUAUGUCCAUUUCAAUGUCAGCAUCCCAACGAGUUUGACACAGAGGCAACGCACGCUAAUUGAAGAAUUUGCAAAAGAUGAGCAGGGAGAAUACGAUAAGGGAGCUGCUGCUGCAGGGGCAUCUGGGUAGAAUAUAACCAGGCUGCGGCUAGGGUAUUUAUUUGAGCUUUAACCCCGCUCGAUUUUGGAAUUUUUUGUAGUAGAAAUGUAGGUUUUUGCUAUUUACUUGCUUUAGUUUUGUUCGAUAUGUAUUUCAUCUAUAUAUCCAUCCAAGGGAGAAAAAAAGGGACAUUGUAUCCCUUCUAUAAAGGGCAUGGAUGGCAUUUGAAAUCAGGAGUGGUUAAUCUACAUGUAUAUAUGGAUUUAUCAUAAUGAAUGAGGUUAGAAUGCUUCUGUGACAUGAAA